AUGGAUGUAUUUGACACAACGGUUACUUACAUUGAAACCUGUUUCUCUGAGAUCAUAGAAGAAAUCCUACUAGGAGCAAUAGCCUCUAUGCCUGUAAGAAGAGGUUUCCAUGAAGGAGACAUCUUCUUCAUACAGGAUGUUACCAAGCUGACACCUCUCUCACCAGAAGUCAUCAGCAGACAAGCCACAAUUAAUAUAGGUACAAUUGGCCACGUAGCCCAUGGAAAGUCGACAGUAGUCAAAGCUAUAUCUGGAGUUCAUACUGUCAGAUUUAAAAAUGAACUGGAAAGAAAUAUCACAAUCAAGCUGGGUUAUGCUAAUGCCAAGAUUUACAAGCUGGAUGACCCAAGCUGUUCCCGACCAGAGUGUUACCGAUCUUGUGGAAGUAGCACCCCAGAUGAGUUCCCUACAGAUAUUCCUGGCACCAAAGGGAAUUUUAAACUAGUCAGGCACGUCUCUUUUGUGGAUUGCCCUGGCCAUGAUAUUUUGAUGGCUACUAUGUUGAACGGUGCAGCAGUGAUGGACGCAGCUUUGCUGUUGAUAGCUGGUAAUGAGUCAUGCCCUCAGCCCCAGACCUCAGAACAUCUAGCUGCUAUAGAAAUCAUGAAACUGAAGCACAUCUUGAUUCUACAAAAUAAGAUUGAUUUGGUAAAGGAGAGCCAGGCUAAAGAACAGUAUGAACAGAUUCUUGCAUUUGUACAAGGUACAGUUGCAGAAGGAGCUCCAAUUAUUCCAAUCUCUGCACAGUUGAAAUACAACAUUGAGGUAGUUUGUGAGUAUAUAGUGAAGAAGAUUCCAGUUCCUUUGCGAGACUUCACAUCCGAACCAAGGCUUAUUGUAAUUAGAUCUUUUGAUGUCAACAAGCCUGGCUGUGAGGUUGAUGACCUGAAGGGGGGCGUAGCUGGUGGCAGUAUUCUCAAGGGUGUUUUGAAGGUGGGUCAGGAAAUUGAGGUCCGGCCUGGUAUCGUGUCGAAGGACAGUGAAGGAAAACUGAUGUGCAAGCCAAUCUUUUCCAAAAUUGUAUCACUUUUUGCAGAGCACAAUGAUCUCCAAUAUGCUGCUCCAGGAGGCCUUAUAGGUGUCGGAACUAAGAUUGAUCCAACUUUGUGUCGGGCUGACCGAAUGGUAGGGCAAGUUCUUGGCGCAGUUGGCGCACUGCCUGAAAUAUUUACAGAGCUAGAAAUUUCCUAUUUCUUGCUAAGGCGAUUAUUAGGUGUGCGCACUGAAGGAGACAAGAAAGCUGCAAAGGUGCAAAAAUUAUCAAAGAAUGAAGUUUUAAUGGUAAACAUAGGAUCUUUAUCUACUGGAGGGAGAGUCAGUGCAGUAAAGGCUGAUUUGGGGAAGAUUGUGCUAACUAACCCUGUAUGUACAGAAGUGGGAGAAAAAAUUGCCCUGAGUCGAAGAGUUGAGAAACACUGGCGUUUAAUUGGUUGGGGUCAAAUCAGAAGAGGAGUGACAAUCAAGCCAACUGUUGAUGACGACUGAAGAACGAAAAUGAGUGCUUCAUUUUUAAAGAUGAAGUGCCUAUUUCUAUUUUGGGGGGUAUAUUUUCACAGUGGAAUUGGAAGCUGUGCAAACAUUAUCUUUGAGUUGUAUGGCUUCCUUGUACAUUUUAUUGAAUUUUACCCUCUUAAUAAAAUACUAGUCACUAUCACCAUUAAAAGUGUAAAAGAAGUGGCGUAGAAGUGGGUUCAAUUAUCCUCAUUUUGGUAGAAAUUAAUUGUACAUGUCUCAUGGCUUGUCUAAUUUAUGUUAUUUUGUGUUUGAGACAUGUCUGUUUCAGUCCAGCCAGCCCCAGUGUAACACACAAACCAGAAAUCUGAUAUUGAAAUAAAGUAUUGCUUAUUUUUCAUUAAUUCCUACAAUUUUUUGAGUAACAAAAGACUGCAGUGAUUGUUCAACCAGUACAAAAAUUAAAAACAAACAAACUCUUUGAAGACUAGUACCCUUUUUGCACAACAUCCUGUUUUGUUUAGAUGUGUAUGGUUCUGACUUUGGGACUCUGGCUGUAUUACCCUUUGUAACUAGGAUGGCAAUGUUGACUGACUUCUUAAAGUUGUCACUUACAAUAUUAACAAGGGCUUUGGAUAAAACCACAAAGAAGAAAUACAAGUAAACUGAAUCUGAACUGGCA